AUCAACGGACCGACCACGACCAGUCUCUCCCGUCUGGUUUCAGUUUAGGACUCCACCUGGGCGCCCCCUCACGAAAAUCCUGGACGAUUUCGCCUCGCACUUCCUCUCCAAAUCCCUCUCCUCCUCCGAUCCUGCUCCCCCCCGCAGCAGAUUCCCGGCGGCAGCGGCACCCCACCCCAGCCUCCCCCUAUACAUAGACGGCAUCCUCCUCUCCCCGGAGGCGCUAUAUUUUCCGUGAGCCCAUUCUGCCUCGUGCGUGCCUGCGUGUCCUCCGCCCGUGCCACCACCACCAUCCGUUGAACGGUUGUUGGGCCGCGCCUUCGGUGCCGAGGAGAGAGAGAGAGAGGGGGGGGGGGGGGAGAACGAGGGGCGGCGAGGAGGAGUAGGAGGAGGGGGAGGAGCAACGGCCUCCGCGCGCCACCGGCGAGAGCGAGCGAGGGGGGAGGAGGGGCGGUUGGUUGGUUGGUUGAUCGCUCGGCCGACGAUAUGAUGGCGUUCAGGGGGCAGAGGCCGGCGCAGUCCGAGGAGAUGUGCGACGCGGCGGCGGCCGUGGUGGCCGCGCGGCAGGGCAUGGAGCAGCCGCUCACGGCCGUGGCCGAGGCCUUCGAGGAGCUGGCGCGCGGGAUGGAGGCCGACGGCGGGGAGCUCCGCCUCGCCCCCUUCGGCGACACCUGCGCCCUCGUCUCCGUCCUCUUCAGCUCCCUCGGCAUCGCCUUCAAGUUCGCCGAGAGCGAGUACGUCACCAAGGUGAACGACCUCAUCGGGGCAUCAAAGGAGUACGCCACGCUCAACGACAUCCUGGACAAGGACGUGGAGAACGACUCCGUCAAGAAGCAGGGCAGCCAUUCCCGGAACCUGCGCCGGGUCCGGCUCGGCCUCGGCCUCAUCAAGGCCCUCUUCGAGCAGUUCCUCGCAACCGAGGGCGGCUCGUUGUAUGAUGCUGCGACGACGGCCUACGGCCAGGUUUGCGCCCCGUUCCAUAGCUGGGCGAUCCGAAAGGCGGUUGGUGCCGGGAUGUACACUCUCCCCAGCAGAGAGCAGUUGAUAAUGAGGUUGAACGAAACUGAUUGCUCUGUGCAGAAGGAGAUGAGGAGAUACAUUGAUGCAUCUAGUCCCAUUAUAGAAUACAUCGAUAACCUGUUCCUCUCCAGGAACAUUGUCCUAGAUUGGUGAACUGAAUCGAGGAUCAUGCUUGCAGCUCUCCUCACGAGCUGCUAAUGAUGUCAUUGUUUUAUUGUUUUUCUCUCGUAGCUUUCUAGCCUUGGUGGGGCGGUGAAUGCUCCCCCUUCGCACUGUCUCUUGUACUGUACGAUUAUAUCAAAAAUCUAAUUCUAAACGAAGAGGCGGUUCUAGUAU